GAAAUCAAUGCACGAUGCACAGAGUAAUGCUUCGAAUUGUGCACCGCUAAAUAUUCCUACGCCACCAAUCUGUGGCAUUGGCUUUGAAAAUGCGGUUCAGCCGUGGCUGGGAAGAUGGAGUCUUGCACUCCGUUCUCCAUAGUGUGGGAACGUUUGUGUUAAUUGGCCUCUCUUUCUCCUCUCUCCUUUUCUUUUCUUCUUUAUUUCUUUCUUUCUUUCUUUUUUUUUUUUUUUUUUUUAAAAAAAAAAAAAAAAAGGGAAAAGGAAAAAUAAAAUACAGCCUCCAUCACCGUUCGUUCUUCUCGAGUAUACCUAAAACCGACCUGAACUGGUUGCACCGACCGAAGUCAAUAAAUCACAGACGUCAUGUCGGAGUCAGCGCUAUCUUGACCAAGCCGCAAGGAUUCAUUAUCACCAAGCUUUCCCGCUGAUGUGACGGACCGUCCCCAGAUCUUGAUGAGUUUUCGGCCUCUGCCUCAGCCACCCUUGCGUGACAAGCCGACGCUAAGGACAACCAUUGUACUCCGUACUCGCAUCGUGAACUCAAAUUCUCGU